AUGCAGCACGCAGCUUUGGGGCCGAGGGGCAACUAUAGCACCACCAAGAAACGCAUGCCGCUGGCGUGUGAGGCCUGCUACCGGAAGAAGAUCAAAUGCGAGUUUGAAGGUGCCAAUACCACCUGUAUCCACUGUAUGCGCCGUAAUACAACAUGCAGAUUUUCCUCGCGGAAGGAGAAACGCGAAGCCCUGAAAAGAACCCACUAUGUCAAGAAUCUAGAGGAUCGUCUGCACAAGAUGGAAACCUUGCUCAAAGCAGCUGGCCUGAUCAGCGAGGAUACCAUAGCCCGUGACGACUUCGGUGAAGAAGAUGAGCAUCUUGACGACGAGAGCGAUGACGACGAACGUUAUGACCCCUAUCCAGAGCUCGGAAGAGAACCGGACUCCGCUUCAGUGGGUCAAGAAUCAAUUGAUAUUGUGGAUACAGCACAUGCUUCAAAUCGAAACCCACCCGACCUUCUGGAGCGCAGGCGCUCCGAACCUUGCAGUAAUAUCAUACAAGAACCUCAUGUCUUUAGAUGGGAUAAUAGAGAAGACUCCCGAUACUACGGACGGGCGUCAUCCUUGUCCAUAUUAUCCCGCGAGGGCAUCGAAUGGAUCAAGAACAAGACCGGGGAAGUCAAAUUCCUCAACCUAAUAUUCUCAAGCACGAACCGAGAUACCCCGUGGGACUACUGGCGACCGGAUGUGUUCCACGAUGUGUUUGCUUCCCGUGUCUUCAAAGCCCUCCCCCCUAGGGCUGAAGUGUUCACCCUGCUUCGGCAGUAUUUCCGCACGGUGAACCGGGUAUUCCCCCUCUACCACGAGGAGACAUUCAUGCGGCUAGUCGAAUGGCAAUACACGCAACAAACCUGUGACGACGCCGCUCGAUGGGCCAGCAUCAACAUCCUCCUCGCGCUGGCGUACGAGUACCGAUAUUCCAACAGUCAAAAGUCCGAACGAGACCGCGAGAGAGCCUGGCUAUAUUUCAAGAAUGCCAUGUCGGUCUUCACGGAGCUCACAUUGCGGAGAACCGAUCUCCUAAGCGUCCAGGCUCUCCUCGGGAUGGCUGUCUUUCUUCGAGGGAACUCCGGGACCCAGUCAGCCCUGCCUCUCAUCACUGCCGCAAUACGCACAUGCCACCGAAUGGGCCUGCACCGCAACAUCCCCAGGCCGUAUCUCUCGGCGGUUGAGCAGGAGCAGAGAAAACGCGUGUUCUGGGUUGCCUACGUGAUGGACCAGAGUGCCUGCAUCCGAGCGGGAAAUGCGCCCACACAACACCCCGACGACCUCGACGUCGAUCUGCCCGCCAAGCGCGCGGACGACGAGUUCAUCAUGGCCAACAAUACCUCCUUUUUCUACCAGAUGUGCCACAUGGCGGUGAUCAAGAGCCGGAUAUACAACAGGCUCUAUGCGACCAAGGCUCUGCUCAACAAGUCCCCCUCGGAGGUUUUGGAGAUUGUCCGGGAACUGCACCAGGACCUGGAAAAAUGGAAAAGUGAAAGCGCAUUCAGCCAAAGCAUGGGCCAGCGAGGCCCGGGCGAUGACUUUCUGGUCGGAUUCGCUACCGCGGGCUUGCAGUGUCUCUACUACAAUUCCUUGAUCAUAGUCCAUCGGCUGCCGCAGAUGAUGAACUUUGCCUACAUGCAUCGUCUCGCAAAUGGCUCGCGCAUGCCGUUCGACUACAGGAGGAUCAUGCGUGAGGCGGUGGCCUCGACCGCCAUCUGCGUCCAGGCGGCACGCGACACCCUCAAACUGGUGAACAACCUCCCGUGGGGGGAUAUCGCAUGGAUAUGGUCCAUGCUCUACUACGUCUUUCUCGCCGUGAUGACCAUCUUUGUGAACAUCCUUCGAGACGCCAACCACCCCAAGGCCAAGGAGGACCUCCAGGCGCUCAACAUGGCGGCCACCUUCUUUGCCACGCUCGUCCCCAGCGAUGGGUCCUGCAACUACGCCCGCUUCAUGACGAGGAUGUGCGCCAACUUUGAGCGCGUGGCCCGCACCGUCCUCGAAAAGAACCAGAAGACCAUCAAGUCCGACAAACCCACAGCUGCACACGAGUCCACCCCGGCCUCUUCCGGUGUCAACAUCCCCCACCUGGAGGGUCUUCCUCGCAUCAACUCCGCCGGCUACGUCGUCCCCGACGGCCUGAGCGACACAGACGACGACAUGCCGACCAGGCCCGGCCCUCCGCAGACCCGCGCCGCAAUCCCCCACCCACCGCAACCCGUCCCGCCCAACGCUACCCUCCAACCCCUCCCCCAGCAUCAGCACCAGCAACAGCAACACCCCCUCGACCCCUACACAAUGGACCCCAUGUUCCCGAUUUCCGUGACCGAGUCCUUCUCGCAGCCGGAACUCUGGCAGAUCCCACUAACCGCGGAGUGGGAAUUCGGCGGACAGUUCCUCGGCGGACUGUUCGGACAGAACCUGCCGUAUUUCCAACAGGGGACCUUUGACCCGUCCGUUCCGCCUUCGACCAUGCCGCCUGGUUCGGGUUCGGGUUCCAUGCAGAUGGGAUACGGGUUUGGAAAUGCGAAUGCAAACCCGGAUGCACAGGGCGGCAGCGAGCAGGGCGUUCCGCUGUGGCGGGGCGGAUUUAACGCGUUCUAUUGA